AUGAACAUUUUCUCGCGCAAGAACAAGCUGGAGGAUGAGCUGUUUAAUAUGAAGUUCACGGCUAAGACUUUACUGCGCAAUGCUAAGAAGUGUGAAAAGAAUCAAGUUGUGCAGAAGGCCAAGCUCAAAAAGGCCAUCGAGCAGGGCAACAUGGAGGGGGCAAAAAUUUAUGCCCAAAACGUAAUUCGAGAAAAAAAUCAGGCGCUGAGCUACCUGCAGCUAGCUUCUCGCAUGGAUGCUGUAGCGGCGCGUGUGCAAACGGCUAUCAGUAUGGGACAGCUAAAGGCCAACAUGAGCGGCGUUGUUCAGGGUAUGGACACGGUUAUGGAAUCUAUGAACGUGGAGAAAAUCUCGCAGACAAUGGAUCAGUUCGAAAAGCACUUUGAGGACAUGGACGUGCGAUCAGCCUAUAUGGAAGGAGCUAUGAGCAGUGGCACGUCGCUCUCGACGCCUGCCGACCAAGUAGACGACCUUAUUCAAAUGGUCGCAGACGAAAAUGGACUUAAGGUUGCGGGUCAACUCGACUCUGCGGGUCUUGUUAGUACGGAAUUGCUUGCUUCAAAUUCUGCACGCGAAAAAAAGUCACAGGACGAUUUAUCCAUGCGGCUUGCAGCGCUGCGGAAGUAA